AUGGGCAUGGAUACUGAGGAGGGGCAGAAAUCUGGAGCCCCCCAAGCAGAGUCUGAGUGGCCAGAAUUGGAGAAGGCUGAAAGGCUGGCCCGAGGGGCAGCCCUGAAAUGGGCUUCAGGCAUCUUCUACCGACCUGAGCAGCUGACCAGGCUGGACCAGUACCGAAGUCGGGAAGCCCAGAGAAUGUGUUCCAUUGAGUCCCGAAUCAAGUCUACGAUACAGUCAUACUUGGAGAAUGUGCAAACAGGCCUUGAACAGCUAAGCCUGGCACUGAAGGAGGUCCAGGAGGCUCGGGAAGCCCUGGCUGAGGCCCGGGGGGCACUCAGGAGCCAGGCUGAGGCUGCCCACACCCUAGAGCCUCUCCGGGAGCUGGCUGAUCAGCAUGGACAACUGCAGGCUGUGACACUCUUACUGCCCCAACUCUUGGCAGUACCUGAGGCAGUGGCUAGAACCCAGGCCCUGAUCCAGGGCCGUGGAUUUCUGGAGGCCUACCGGGUCCUACGGGAGCUGGAGCAGUUACGGGAUGAGGUGUUAGAACUGCUUGGGGGACCUGAGCUGCCCCUCUUUGAGGGUCUGACACAUCUGGGGGAGGAACUGGGCCUAGCUGUGGGGAAGGUAGUGGGUUCAGCUCGGCAGUUGGCACGAGAUGAUCCAGCCCUGCUAGUAGCUGCAGUGCGGGUGGCUGAACUCGAGGAGCAGAGGGAUAUUCAGCUCCAGUCGUCCUGCCCUGGGCGACCCAGGGCCUGGCGCCAACGCUGCCUUGGGGCCCUGCGGAGGGCCCUAGAGGAAGCCUACUUUGAGGCGCCGGCCCCUACUCCCUCCGGCCUGGCUGGACACCUGGCAGCUCUCCGAGAAGCUCUUCCUGCUGAACUUGCACUGGCUGAGUCCCUCGUGGCACCCUGCUGCCCCGCAGAUUACGCCGUGGUGAAACUGUGGGCCCACACCCUGCACCAAGGCCUCUGCCAACACCUGCAGAGACUGAUGGACUGCGAAGACCUGGGCAGCCAGGACAUCUUCACCUUGUUGCACUGGGCUCUGCAUAUCUACCCAGGCCCUGAGAUGAUGGGGCGUCCUGACCUCAGUCCUGAGGCUGACAUCUCGGACCUCCAACCUUUGCUCUCCCUGGAGGCUGUGGAGCAGCUAGAGAGGACUUACACGGAAAAGAUCAAGAUAAGUAUAGGAGAAUGGCUGCAGAAGGCUCUAGAAGGAGAGGUGGCUGAAUGGUUCCGAGAGCAGGAGCCAGACAUGGAUCCUGAAGGUUUCUAUCAUUCUUCCCUGCCUGCUGUUGUUUUGCAGAUCCUAGAUGAGAAUAUCCGUGUGACAACCUUGAUCAGCUCUUCUUUGCAGGAGAGAAUAUAUGGCAUGGCCCUAAGGGAGCUGGGCACCUUCCUGAGAAGCCUCCUGGAGGCACUGGAGCAUUUCUCUCAAGAGCACCUGAAGGAUGUAUCUAAGCCCCGUCACUACGUGCCCUACCUGCUGGUCUGUCUCAAUCACUACACUGCUCUAAGUUCUUCAGUUUCCCUCUUGCAGCCUACUGGGGUGUCCACCCCCACAGGAGUCUCAGCCACCAUCGAUGCAGCCCUUGGAGACCUCAAGAAGAAGAUCUGCAGACUGAUCUUGGAUGCUCUGUUGGAGGAGCUACAGCCUCUGUUCGUUGCCUUGCCGUCUCGACAAUGGCUAUCUAGCCUGGUGAUGCUGGAUAAAGUGUGUGAGCAGACAGCCAGCUUCUGCUCACGGUUCUCUAGAGUCCGGAGUCCCAUGGCUCAGACGUUGCUAUCGGAGAGCGAGCGCGCCGUGGUGCUGGAGUAUCUUCGGGGCUUGAUGCAAGGAAAACUUGUGUGUCGGAAUUCGUCUGAGAGGAUCCAGACGUCAGAGCGCAUGUUGCAGGACUCAGUCCAGCUCAGGGAGCUCUUCCUUGGCUUGGAACUAGAGGAGAACGCGCAGACUGGAGCAGUCCUGGGUGCCCUGCAGGAGCUGUUUCGCCUCCAGGACCCAGGGCUGCUCAGCCUCGAGGUGUCCAGCUUCUUGCACAAAUUCCCCGACGUGAGCGAAGAACAUAUCGGGGCACUCCUGGAUGUGCGCGGAGACGUGUCCCGGGAGCAGCGCCAGGCAGUCUUGGAGACGAUGCAGGCCAACCCUCCUCCUCCGCCGCCGCCCGAAGGCCACCGGCCACUCUUCAGCCUUGUGCCAGUGCCCUCGCCUACGCUAGUCUUCUGCUUCCCCGCGGGGUCCUGCUCUUGAGCGGGCGGCAGGGAUGGAUCCCUUCUAAUAAAAACCCAGGGUCGCUGCGGCUGAGUCUUAUCCCAGACCUCGCCCCCAAGAAGUCCCCC